AUGGGGGCUUGUCUCUCCUGUCUGGGCCUGCGCGGCCAUAACGAUGACGAUGUCGAGCGCCAUCGCCUCAUGUACGACGAAUACGGCACGGGCGUUCACGGCUAUGGGACUUGGAACGCAGGAAACGUGCCAUCUCAAACGGUCCUCAGCCCCGAGGAGGCUCAGCGCGAGCAAGAGGCGUUAGAUGGCAUUACAAGGUGGGCGAGCGAUCAAAUCGUUGAAAUCUUCCCGUACCAGCACCGAGGGCUCGCGAUGUCGGUGUCGCAGAUGAAUGGAAAUGUCGAGAACGGCACAUCGAACUCGACGCACCACGACAUUCUCCUCUCAUUGAUCCCCGGCGACAAGUCGAAGCGAUCAAUCCGAAUCUACUCAGCGUCACGACCGACGUCAAAGGACGCGCAGUCGCUUCGCAGCAAAGGCUCCUUCGCCGGGUUGAACGGCAAUAACGGCGCGCUCAAGGACACUGGCGUCCUUGUCAAGUUGGACGUCAAUCUA